AAAAUAAUUUCGUUAAUACCUCACACACAGCUUGUUUUAUUCCAUUGCAGCAUCGACACGCCCUUAUUGAAAAACCCUUUAUGUAAGAGACCAGCAACAUCAUCUGAUGACCUUCAUAUUGAAAAAAUACGAUUUUGUGGAAAAUAAUCGUCGCUUAACAGUUUGUGAAAUAGCAGAUGUGGGAAUCAGUAAAAGCUCAUGACAUAUGAUUUGGACUGAAAAACUGCCAAGUCGCCGCAAAAGUCGUUCCACGGCUGUUAACAGAAGAACAAAAACAAGUGCGUGUUAACAUUAGCCAAGAUCUUCUAAGAUGAUCAAACAACGAUAAUAACUUCCUGAAGAACAUCAUAACAGAUGAUGAGACUUGGGUGUACAGUUAUGAUGUCGACACUAAAGUGCAGUCAUUGCAAUGUAUGGGACUAUCUUCACCAAGACCGAAAAAGCGCGUAAGUUUCGUUCAAAUGUUAACGUUAUGUUGAUUGUUUUUUCGACUGGUAUGGUGUCGUGCAUCAUAAGCAUGUCCCGCACAAUCAGACUGUCAACAAAGAGUUUUAUUUACAAGUGAUGUGGCAUUUAAGGGAGGUAAUCAAGAAGAAAAGACUUGAAGCGUGGACAAACAAAUCGUGGAUGCUGCACCACGAUCCCGCGCUCCUUAUUCGAGCAAAAAAUAACAUGACUGUCAUUCCCGAGCCUUCAUAUUCACCUGAUUUAGCACCUGCUGACUUCUUUUUGUUCCCCAAGCUAAAGAAUUCUUUAAAAGGAUACCGUUUUUAGAGUAUAGAUGAAAUAAAAAACAGGUCGCUAGAGGAGCUCAAGGCUAUUCCACAAAUCGCAUAUCAGAAUGCAUUCCAACAGUGGAAAAACGUUGGGAGCGGUAUAUCAACAGUGAAUCACAUUGCUUUAAAGGAGAUAAAUCAGAUUUUCGGAUCAGAAGUUGUAUAUUAAGAAAAUAAAAUGAUUUUAAAAAUGUUCGGUUUCUUUUUGGACAGACUUCGUAUAUGAAGUCAUAUAUGAAUCAACAUAUGGAGCAUAUGUGUAACUUCUCCUGGAAUCAAAAAGAAUAAUAAUUUUCCUAUAAGGUUCUCGAGCCUGAUAUUCCAGUCUGAUUUUUCUCCCUUCUAAUUGACUGUAACUCAAAAACUAUCCAUUAUUUGAUCUUGAGUCUAUUACAUUUUUGUUCAGCAAAUCAUAAAUUAUAACAUUUGUGAAAACUAGCCGAUUUCAUCGAGAUCCAAAAUCAUAGAUUAGUGAUGGGGUUCUUUUGAACAUUCCUGCGAGCAAAAUAUAAUUGUGAUGCGUGUUAAUUUAAAGUUUAGAUGAAAUCAACAAAGAUAAUGAAACGAAAUGAAACAAAGAUAUGAUCGACAUCUGAAUUUUUGUUAACACUGGUGCUUGGCGAAUCUCAAUGUUGAUUUAAUUAAUUAUAAAACACAUAUAUUGUAACUUAAAAGAAUGGUGUGAUUCUGUAUUAUAUCUUUUCAACUGAAAUACUUGAGAGAUAAGUUAUAAAAUAGAUUUCGAUAUGCUUUCUCUGGAAAGAAAAUUUGGCAAUUUCCUUUUGCGAAGAAAAGGAAAAGAAUUAAUUUCAUAUAUAAUUCGAAAUUUAUAAUAGAACAGUAAAUUCUCCGCGUCAAUUUAGCAACUAGUCUAUUUCGAUAGAUUCAUUUAAAGUGCUUCGCAAUGAUAUAAGCGACUGAGUAAAACCUCUUCAGCUGCUUGAUACUUUUCCUCGCGAAGAGAAAUUAGUUGCAAAGUGCUGAGAGAUUCUAUACAUGACCACACAAAAAGUUGGCAUUACAUUAUCUUUAAGGAUAUGGCCUAUAUCUUGAAUAACUUUACAUAAAGUUAGCGUAAGACAUUGUUUCAUGAUGAUGUUUUAUAUCAUGAUAAAGUAGCAGUGUACACUUUUUACACAUCUUAUAAACGUUAAUAUAUAAUACUAUAUAUAUAUAUAUACACACCGGGUGGCCCAAAAGUCGAUUACUGAUUUGAAAAAUUCGCAACUUUUUUCACAGUAAUAUAUACUAUGUUGAAAAUUGUUACUAGUAUAUUGAAACUAGUAUGUUACUAGUAUGUUGAUACUAGUAUGUUGAAAAUUUCUGCAAAUUAUACUUAAGAACUCAAGAAAGUUCGAAGUAGUAACCGACUUUUGAGUAUUUAUAACUGACCUUAUGUAUUCGAUAAAAGAUUACAAUAUGACGAUAAAAACCUGAAAGGGUUAUCAAUACCUGUAACAUAAGAAAUAUUAGAUAGGCGUUAACAGGCAUUAUGAUUGUUAUAUUUUAUAACAACUUUUAAGGGGGAAAAAAGAAAGAAGAGUUCAUCUCGUAAGCUUUAUUCGUAGAACUUCGUAGAGCAGUGUCCGCGCAUGCGCAUUGAUCUAUUAUACAUAUAUAUUGUACUUAAGAAUUCACAAUUACGCUGUGCAAACGUAAUCUAAGUCAGGCGUACGAUCAACACAUCUCCUGCUCAUGAAAGCAAAAAUGCAUUUAUUAUGUAUUUAGCAACGCAUUUAAAUCUCUCUCCUGUGAGACGUACGACUUAAGAUAGCGCGAAAAUUCGCAUCAGAAACGAACGUUGUUAAUCGUAAUCUCUCGUAUUCUUACCGUACGCACUAAUCUUACGCUUUCGUGCGUUUGUUUUCAAAAAGCAGGAUAUAUAAAUUAUUUAAAUAUAUAUAUAUAUACAUAUAAGGAUAAUGUUCGUAAUACAUAACAUUUAUAUUGACUCACACAAUUGUACACAGAUCACACAACUCUUUAUAUCUCAUUCGGCAGCCUUGAAAAACUUUCGAAACUGGCUUAUGAUAAUCGAGUGAAAUGUUGCGAUUAAGGAAAAAAACAUUAAAAUGCGAGCGUCGCGAACGAUACGUAAAUGGGAUCGCCGCAGGUUGCGUACUUAGUGCCAGGUGAAAGUUCCAAUUUACAUGUGUUAUAAUCUUUAUCCUCGUAGCGGUAACGAAAGAAUAACGAUAUGUGGCAGGCGGUGAUGAUGCGAUUCGCGUUUCUCUUGUGAAGCUACAACAAUGUGAAGCGAAGAAGUAGGAUCGUAAGAAGAACACGCGAGACACGGACGAAGGACUACCGUGAUGGUAGUCGUGACGCUGGUUUUCCGCGGAUCUGCGAGUUUUGUAUAAGAACGAUCUUUACGUAGAGGAUCUUUACGUAGAGGAGAAAUUCUGUAAGGAUCCAGGAACGUAAAAUAAACGACGAUUCGUUUGGAGACAUUCCUUGUGUUGCUCUCUUUUGCUGAACGCCUUCCACAUUAUUGUUUCUCUACCCGGCGAGUGCGUUUCUCGUUCGACGGAGCUUGAAACGACGUUAAUGUCACGAAUGCAGACUCAGCGAGAUGAUGACGGAGAAGAAAAGAAGAAGAAAGAUGCGAAGAUGGCUUCCUAUCUCUUCACUGUUCUUCUCAUCCUCGUCAUCAUCGUCGCCGUCGUCGUUGUCAUGACCAGCGCAUGAAAACGUCAUCGCGCAUCGUUUCGUUCUCUUUAAUCCUAACAGAACUUUUGCCGGAAAUAAUGAGUGUCCUCUCGCGCGUGUCCUGUUGCUGUCGCGCGGCUUGUCAGGCAGUAUCCGAAUUACACAGACGACUGCGGCGCAGCAGCCAGCAGUUCACAAAAGUUGGUGUAUUAUUCAGCUAGAAACGCGACCGCGACCGGUCGUCUCGGGAGAAUGAGGUGCAUUUUCUUCAGCGGACAGUGAUCACGAUAGAACGUCGUCGUCGUUACCAUUCCCUCGCAAAAUGUCCGUGCACGAUACCCUUUGUGCUCUGUGCCUCAUCACACUCCUUUUGAGUCUCAACCUGGCCGAAUGGGUGGACAUACCGCAAUUCUCGGAUGAAGGCAAGAUUUACAGGAUACCUUCCGUGCAGCAAGAUCAGUUCUACAAAUUCCGACGAAGUCAUGUGGACAGCCACGGCUUCCCGGACAAUUCGCGAAAUGGCAGCCGGGUUUUCCAUCGUCCAAUCGUCAAAACCGUACACGCGAUGGCCGAGAAAAUCACAGAGAUGAAGAAAAUACAUUCCGUUCCGGAGUCGACGAUGACGUCGUAUCUGUUUCCUAUACAAAUCACUGCCGCUUACUCGAACAUGGCCGAGGAGAAUCGCGGUCCGUCGAGUACCGGCGACGUUGCAAACGAGAAUAAGUUAUCAAACAGACACCGUGCAAUUUCGACAACGCGGGAGACAACGAUGUACAACGCGCUUACGACUCAAUUACCCCCUUCAAAUAUUAUCCCUACACCGAAAACAUUGCAGGAUAAGUUUUACAAUCGCACACUAAAGCAGGAGGAUGGUAUAUUACAAUAUCUGCCCGUAGACAUACUCAAGAGUGUCCAUCGUACUCUACAGUCACAGCCGGUAUCGCUCGAAGGGAAGAUCCACUUCCUCAGGACAUUCGAGAAAACUCUCAUGUCAGAGAUCGAAUCGCGUCUCACCACGACUAUGGCACCGAGACGAAGGACGAGGGGAGCGCAUUAUCACGAACACAGUUACGACGAUCACGAGGAUCAUUCUGUAGGAUUCCCAUCGAUAGAAGGUGCACUUAUGGCUAUAUCGUUCCUCACGUUCGCGGUUUAUCUCGUGCGACUCGUCAUGCUUCUCUUCCGAAAUAUAACCAAUCCGAUGACCACAACGACCGCGGCUACGCUAUUCCUCGGUAGAAGGAAGAGAUCCACGACGGACUUCGACGACGACACCGCUAGAAUACUCGGCGACUUGAACAGUUUUGUUUCCAACUUUUGAAUCGCUUUAG